GCCUCACACACACGCUCCGUCUCCCACUCACCCUGCGACUCGCUCAGUCUCUGUUCGCUCCACACUGCUCCUCGCCUCUCUCCCCGAAGUGAGGUACCAUGCAUCCUCCUUUCUCCUCCUCCUCUCUGCUGACCCAUCACAAUCCCAAGGUCCUUUCAUCAAACAGAGCCCUGUUGCUCCAAAGCCAAGGACCUUAAAGGGAAAAAAAACUGUGAUUUCCUUGAGGAAUUUGGAGAUUGGACAAGGCUUUUUCUUUUUCUUUUUCCAAGAGCACUUUGCUUUCUGUCGGGACGCCGACCUGUGGGGGCACUUCUUCUCUCCGCGUAAACACAUCCCGAGCUUUCUUAAAGUUGUUCAGGACUCUGAAUCAAUCACCAAGUGUGCAGUCAGCCCAGCUCAGGAUCUCCAGCACGGCUCUCUGCACGCUGACCAAAGCUGCACAGCUGAUAUGUCCAAACCUGACAUGUUGCAUAAGGGUUUUCGCUCAGAAAGAAACUGACUAAUCCCAUGACCCCRUCCUUCCCUCGUGUGAUUUCCAUAUGAGAUUCAGCAGCCCGAAAGAGAACUGGUCUGGACUCCUGACGUUCAACUUCAUGUAACAAGAACAACAAAAGAAAGAAAGAAAUCUGCGUCCCACACCCAGAAAACAGCGGGUCUCGAGCACUUUGAGGGCCGAAAACAAACGCCAUGCAGGUGUCGUUCGCGUGCACGGACCACGGCCUGAAGGCCCCACGCAACGGCGGGGAGCACAGCAAGCAGAACACCACCAGCCCCAACACCACCAGCCAUGCCCGGGCCCGCUUCCGCACCGUGGCCCUGAUCGCCCGCAGCCUGGGCUCCUUCACCCACCGCUACCACCACAACCUCAAGGAGUCCACGGCCAAGCUGACCGGCAUGAAGUACCGGAACCUGGGGAAAUCUGGGUUACGUGUCUCCUGCCUGGGGCUCGGAACGUGGGUAACAUUCGGAGGACAGAUAUCUGAUGAGGUGGCAGAGCAGCUGAUGACCAUCGCAUACGAGAGCGGGGUCAACCUGUUCGAUACAGCCGAGGUCUACUCUGGGGGGAAAGCAGAGAUAAUCCUGGGAAACAUCAUCAAGAAAAAGUGCUGGAGGAGAUCCAGCCUGGUGAUCACCACAAAGCUCUACUGGGGAGGAAAAGCCGAAACGGAGCGAGGCCUCAACAGGAAACACAUCAUUGAAGGUUUAAAGGGUUCCCUCCAGAGGAUGCAGCUGGAGUAUGUGGACGUGGUCUUUGCCAACAGGACCGACAGCAACACUCCCAUGGAGGAAAUAGUGAGAGCAAUGACUCAYGUAAUCAACCAGGGGAUGGCUAUGUACUGGGGAACAUCUCGCUGGUCUGCCAUGGAGAUCAUGGAAGCGUAUUCUGUGGCCAGGCAGUUUAAUCUGAUUCCUCCGGUGUGCGAGCAGGCCGAGUAUCAUUUCUUCCAGAGGGAGAAGGUGGAAACUCAGCUUCCAGAGAUCUACCACAAAAUAGGUGUUGGUGUGGUCUCCUGGUCUCCUCUGGCCUGUGGGAUAAUCACUGGGAAGUAUGAAAAUGGCAUCCCAGAGUCCUCCCGGGCCGCCAUGAAGCCCUACCAGUGGCUGAGGGAGAAGAUAACGAGUGAGGAUGGCAAAAAACAGCAGGCCAAACUAAAGGAACUGACUCACAUCGCCGAAAAACUCAGCUGUACUUUGCCCCAGUUAGCCAUUGCCUGGUGCUUGAGGAACGAGGGCGUCAGCUCUGUGCUUCUCGGGGCCUCCAAUCCGAGCCAACUAACAGAAAACUUGGGAGCCAUUCAGGUGAUUCCAAAGAUCACAGCGGGCAUUGCCACAGAACUGGAUCAUAUACUGGGCAACCGCCCACACAGUAAAAAGGACUACCACCAUUAGGACGGACCCGUCUUAGUAAACUAUGCUCAACAAGCUUCUCAAAGCUCACUCUUCACAGCCAUGGCACCAUAAGUGCGUUCCCAGAGUUGCGUGUGUGUGGAGGACUGUGUGAUUGUGCUCGGCUCUUUCAAACGGAUAAUGUGAAGCCAGCUACUUGACGCAAAGCAUGCUAUUGCAGCCACUGGACUAAACAAAAUUGGGAGGAUCCAUUGACACGGUUACUUGUGUGAAAAACCUCUUCCAGAACAAAGUUUCAGAYGGUGCUGAACCACAAAAUCGACAAAAUCAAAAGAUCAUAUUUCCACUUGUUGAAAUAACAUCUGUGAGUAAGGCUGUCAGUGCAUGUUAAGAAAACUUUAGAGGAACUUAUUACCCACCAAGCUUAAGACACUACCAUAAGGCUACAACAAAAUGAUGCUCUGCAUUGAAACGGACCUAAURUUAGAGAAAUAUAUUUUGUUUUAUGUCUGUGGUGUGUUUAAAAUAAUUAUUUUUAACCAGAUUUGGGCUCACAAUGGUUUUUGCUGAUAACAUGCAAACUAGUUUAAAUUAUUCAAAAUGUAUGUAAUGACUGUUACAUUUAUUUCCCUAAAGAGCAACUAUGUCAGAGUGAGUUUCAUGUCUCCUUAUGUUAUAUUUUUCUCACUUAUGCAACAGCAUUGCAGAGYGUAUUUUCCUACUGUGCCCCUUCAACCCGUUUUAAUUCGUACCCUGCCAGACUUUCUGUCAGUAGGGAUUGUAUUUGAUUCGUUUAUUUUCAGUCUGUUUUGUGGGCAGAACAACGUCUCAGUGAAGAUGGUCGAUGAUCCGCCUACAGGGAAGCUCAUAGAAUAAAAAAGCCAUGCAUUUAAUUAAGAGACUCAGUUACCAAAAAAAAAACAAAAGGAACACCAUAUGGACCCCUGCAGUAAUUGCACGUGGAACAUGCAAAGUUUUCCCCAACUUCUCCCAGAUGGCAGUUUUAUGUAAUGGGAUUAUAUUUGCUAUGUUCUGUUUGCUGAAACGUGCAUUACGGUGUUCAUCAAAUUUGUACAUUAACAUGAAAGAAGCUUAUAAUUUGUACGUUAUAUGUUUUACACAAUGUUAUAGUUGUUUUAUUCCACUGUCAUGGAUGCCUUUCUUUUUGAUCUAAUAAAAUAAAUCAAAUGAUCUAA